AUGGACCAUCGUUUUUCAAAGCAUGAGUAUUUUAUAAGCUGCAGUUUCACAAUUAUCUUUUCCGGAUUUGUGGCGGCUUCCUACUUUGACAUUUCCACCUGUCCGUACCGGUACGAUCGCGUGGCGUCCACGUCAAAAUGGACAGGCGAUAGGGGCGGUGCAUGUGAGUCGCAUACACCAGGCAGGGGCGAGGUGGAGAGUUCCCACUCCCUCUUUACCUCAAUAGCGCAGGGAGGCGACCUCACAUGUCACAUGGCGGAUCUUGUCAUUUGGGUUUACAUUUUAGCACUUCUGUUAUUUAUGUCGCAUAAGUAUUACUACUACCGUGUCAUGGGGCUGCAUUAUUUCCUGUUGGAUUACUGUUACUUUCAUAAUGCUUGCCUUGUACUUUUUUUACUGUGGUGCCUCGUCGAUGUGCAGUGGUCGAAUGAGCCAUUAAUCUCAUGGGAGGUGUACUUGCCACAGGCGUGGCUGAAGGAACGUCAAUUGGCCCUUUCCGGCAUUCAAAGCGGUGGGUUUGGUAGAAGCAUCAAAGACAUUGCCGCGAAGUCAACACCGUUAGUUAACCGGACGUGGACCGACUGGGCCCAACAACUCAUUCCAUCCACAGCGCGGCAGAUGAUUCUUGUGGCAGGAAUUUAUCAGCCCGUGUCGGUGAAUGUUCGAACCAUUGGAUAUGCAGCCGCAGAGGUAUCGAGCACGGAUGAGGUUUUACUGAACUUUCUUUCCUUUUUUGCCCUUGUGGCAGGGAGUUUUGGACCCAUUUUGGGUGCCAUAUUGGUGUGGAGUAAUUCCCUGUUGUUUCACUCCUUUGAUCGCAUGUCCUCUAGCUACCUCCAUCUUGCCCCCGCGGUGACCCAACUGCUACUGCUGCAUCGCCUCUUCACCAGCGCCAAGAGGGAACUUGCAUCUUUUGAAACGUCUCCGAGCGGAACCGCUGCUGCUGCUGCUGCUGCAGGUGGUGGUAAUGAUGUUGGAACGCUGAAGCACCGAGUGGAUGCUCUCUGCGUCACGGGGACCCUUUGCCACGAUCUGCGACACGCCGUCUCCUACUGGACGAUGCUGAAGCUUCAUUUUGUGAUGUUCAUUGCAUGGCAAAUUUUUUAUCAUACAUUUAGUGAAAGUCGUCGUCGUCGUCGUACAAGGAAGUACCAGAAAAAAUUAAAAGAAAUUGCUUUGCGGCAUGAAGAAUUUUGCCGUCUCACUGGCACAACAUUAGAGGAGGCCCAACUGUUGCGGCCUAUAUUUGUUCUUUCGGAGGGAAUUGUAGGGGAUCCCACGCAGCGUGUCACGGCGUACACGUGGUUGAUGGAGCAUCCUCCACUUGGUAAAGAAGGGGUACUCUAUCGUUUUGUCACCAUGUUUGGCACCGGUUAUCUACCGACGGUGAUACUUUUUCAGGUAGCACAAUGGCUGUUGCAUAUGUGCUUUUUCACAUUGGCGUACCCUAUUAUGUAUUACAGCUUUCAUGUAGCACUUUCUGCAUGGCCAUUGGCUUUGUAUUUAAUUUUCUUUCUUCUCUAUACUGUGUAUAAUGCCGCAGCGGUAAAUAAGAGGUGGAUUCAGAAACUGCAAAGAUUAGCGAUGAUUGGAAUGGAAGCGCAACGUAAUCAUGGAGAAAAUUACUUCCCUCGCUUAGAUGGCAACGUCAAAAACACCUGA